CUGCGAGGGAGCCAUUCAAGUGCAGGAGACUGAGCGAGGAGCAGCAUGGCGGGGGGGCGGAGGGGACUUGUGGCCCCCCAGAAUACUUUUCUGGAGAAUAUUGUCAGACGGUCGAACGUUUGGACACUGUCACAUAAACAGACAGAUACCAACUUUGUCCUGGGAAAUGCUCAAAUCGUGGACUGGCCCAUUGUCUACAGCAAUGAUGGUUUCUGCAAGUUGUCGGGGUACCACAGAGCAGAAGUGAUGCAGAAAAGCAGCACCUGCAGCUUCAUGUAUGGGGAGCUGACAGACAAGGACACAACUGAAAAAGUUCGACUAACAUUUGAAAAUUAUGAGAUGAACUCAUUUGAAAUACUGAUGUACAAGAAAAACCGGACUCCAGUUUGGUUUUUUGUGAAGAUUGCCCCCAUUAGAAAUGAACAAGAGAAAGUGGUCCUGUUCCUCUGCACUUUCAGUGACAUCACAGCCUUUAAACAGCCUAUUGAAGACGAUUCUUCCAAAGGCUGGGGAAAGUUUGCUCGACUGACUCGAGCUUUAACAAGCAGCAGAGGAGUCUUACAGCAGCUGCAGCCCACAGUUCACAAAGGAGAGAAUGUCCACAAGCACUCCCGUCUAGCUGAGGUACUGCAGCUUGGCUCAGAAAUCCUACCUCAGUACAAACAAGAGACUCCCAAAACCCCUCCUCACAUCAUUUUGCACUACUGCCUCUUCAAGACUACAUGGGACUGGGUCAUCCUCAUCCUCACAUUUUACACCGCCAUCAUGGUGCCCUACAAUGUCUCCUUCAAAACAAAGCAGAAUAACGUGACUUGGCUGGUGGUAGACAGUAUUGUGGAUGUCAUCUUCUUGGUGGAUAUUGUUUUGAACUUUCACACCACCUUUGUUGGACCCGCUGGAGAGGUAAUUUCAGACGCCAAGCUCAUCCGAAUGAACUACCUGAAGACCUGGUUUGUUAUCGACCUGCUGUCCUGCCUGCCGUAUGACGUCAUCAACGCCUUUGAGAAUGUAGAUGAGGGAAUCAGCAGUCUAUUCAGCUCCCUCAAAGUGGUCCGGCUUCUCCGUCUGGGUCGUGUUGCCCGUAAGCUGGAUCACUACAUCGAGUAUGGAGCAGCUGUACUGGUGCUGCUGGUGUGUGUGUUUGGGCUGGCUGCACACUGGCUGGCCUGCAUCUGGUACAGCAUUGGUGAUUAUGAGGUUAUCGAUGAGGAAAACAAUGUUGUCCGAGUGGAUAGCUGGCUCUACAUCCUGGCUGAGACGAUGGGCAGGCCGUAUCACUUCAACGCCAGUGGUUCAGGGAAGUGGGAGGGCGGACCAAACAAGGACUCUGUCUACAUCACUUCCUUGUACUUCACUAUGACCAGCUUAACCAGCAUUGGCUUCGGCAACAUUGCCCCGACGACCGAUGGAGAGAAAAUCUUUGCAGUGGCCAUGAUGAUGAUUGGAUCCCUUCUUUAUGCCACCAUCUUUGGUAAUGUGACAACCAUCUUCCAGCAGAUGUACGCCAACACAAAUCGCUACCAUGAGAUGAUCAACAGCGUACGGGACUUCCUUAAACUCUAUCAGGUGCCAAAAGGCUUGAGUGAGAGGGUGAUGGACUAUAUUGCCUCCACCUGGUCUAUGUCACGGGGCAUAGACACUGAAAAGGUGUUGCAGAUUUGUCCAAAGGACAUGAGAGCAGAUAUUUGUGUUCAUCUCAACCGCAAGGUCUUUAAAGAGCACCCAGCUUUCCGGCUGGCCAGUGACGGCUGUCUCAGAGCGCUGGCCAUGGAGUUUCAGACCAUCCACUGUGCUCCGGGCGACUUGAUCUACCACGCUGGGGAAAGUGUGGACAGUCUGUGCUUCGUGGUGUCGGGAUCCCUGGAGGUCAUUCAGGAUGAUGAGGUGGUAGCCAUUCUAGGGAAAGGAGAUGUGUUUGGGGAUGUUUUCUGGAAGGAAGUGACUCUGGCUCAGUCCUGCGCCAACGUCAGAGCGCUGACCUACUGUGACCUCCACGUCAUUAAAAGGGAUGCGCUGCAGAAGGUGUUGGAGUUCUACACGGCAUUUUCCAACCACUUUUCCAGAAACUUGCUGCUCACUUAUAAUCUGCGAAAGAGGAUUGUCUUCCGGAAGAUCAGCGAUGUGAAACGGGAAGAGGAGGAGCGACAGCGACGUAAAAAUGAAGCCCCUCUUAAUUUGCCGCCAGAUCACCCAGUACGGAAACUCUUCCAGCGCUUUCGACAGCAGAAGGAAGCUCGCAUGGCAACUGAGAAACCAGAUCUAGAUGAACAAGAUAUAGAGAAGGGCCCCGCCUACGUGGAUGUCCCGAUGACUAAAACAACUAUUACUACCACCAGCAUUGUCACAGUGACAGAAAGCCCAGCAACGCCUUCAUCUUCAGCCGCCUCACCUUCAUCACCUCCCAAAUGCAACCCCUUAGACAAGGCAAAGCUGCAGGUGCCUUCGCCUGUGUCUUUGGUAGGUGGCCGGCCCGCUGAACCGGUCAAAGUCAAAGGCUGGGGUCGCUUCAAGGAGUCCAUGGCCAAACCUGACAACUGGAACAAGGUUUCUAAAGCUGAAUCCAUGGAGACUUUACCUGAACGGACCACUGUGCACGAUUCACAGACAUCUCUGAAGAAGACAGACUCGUGUGACAGUGGCAUCACCAAAAGUGACCUGCGACUGGACAAAGUGGGUGAGUUGCGCAUCACUCCACAGGACCUUAGCCCCUCCCAGCCUCCAGAAACCAGGCAUGCCUUUUACCCCAUCCCAGAGCAAACGCUUCAGGCCUCGCUUCAGGAGCUCAAACUGGAGUUGAAGGAAGACCUAAAAGGCCUGAACAUUCGAAUGUCCAGCCUGGAGGCACAACUCACAGAAGCACUUAAACUCCUCAAAGCCAGGAAAUCAAGCUCUGGUUCUCCACAGCCUCUCUUUGACAUUUCCAGACCUGCUUCACCAGAACUGGACAAAGAGGACAUCUUCUCCUGAAGGAUGGAAGAAUUAUCAGGUAACCGUAAACCAUGGAAUCAGCUGGAAUCCAGUGAUAUCUGAAUUGCUGGGAUGGCUGCAGGUGCAAUGGGCAC